AUGAAUUUAAGAGCAGUACUGCAAGGUCUCAUCAUUUUACAUUUAAAUUGGCUAGAUAUAACUGUAAGUCUCUUUCUCUCUUCUUUUCUUUUUCUCUUCUCUCUCUCUCUCUUCUUUUCUCUUUUCUUCUCUCUUUCUUCUUUCCUUUUUCUCUCUUCUUUUCUCUUUCCUUUUUUUUCUCUCUCUUCUUUUAUUCUUUUCUUUUCUUUCUUCUCUCUCUUUUUCUCUCUCUUUCCUUUUUCUUCUCUCUUAUUUUUUUUCUUUUCUUUUAUUUUUCUCUUUUUCCUCUUCUCUCUCUCUUCUUUUCUCUUUCCUUUUUUCUUCUCUCUUAUUUUCUUUUUUUCUUUCUCUCUUUUUCUCUCUUUUUUCUUUUUCUCUCUCCUCUCUGACUCUUUCUUCUUUUCCUUUCUUUUCUCUUUUUCUUUUCUCUUUCUCUCUUCUUUCUUUUUCCUUUUUCUUUCUUAUUUCCUUUCUUUUAUUUUCUUUUCUCUUCUCCUUUCUCUUCUCUUUCUCUUUUUUUCUUUUCUCUUUUCUUUCUCUCUCUUUCUUUUCCUUCUUUUCUCUUCCUUUUCUUCUCUUUUCUUUCCUUUUUUCUUCUCUCUUAUUUCCUUUUUUCUUUUCUUUUUCUCUUCUCUCUUUUUUCUUUUCUCUUUCUCUCUCUUUUCUUUUCUCUUUUUCUUUUUUUUUUUUUUUUCUCUUCUCCCUCUCUUCUCUUUUUCUUUUUUUUCUUUUUUUAAACAAAAUUUUCCUAUCUCUUAA